GCGGUUGCUAGGCAACCACAGCCGCUGGCGGUGGAAUGAGCAGAGCUACCCUCUGGUCUUAACGUAUGGGGCGGGGCGGGGGAGAUCCCCAAAGAAAAGGCUGGGGCUGCUGGAGUGAAGGCCUGGGGGCUGCGUGAGGGGGACGGAAGUGUUGUUCUGUUUAUUCGAUGACUGGGAAGGGCCCGAAACUGGACAGGAGCCGAGACACCCGGGUCCAGUUGCUGGCCAGCCCUGCCGCCUUCUUGGCUUUUGACUUCUUCAGCUGGGUUUCUGUCUGCAGAGCAGAAAGCUGGAUUUCUGUAGCACUGCCCACGGCAGGUGCCUGAGUGCUACGGGCUGGUUCUGUGCUCCGGCAGGCGGCCCGGAGGCCUCCUCUUGUCUGUGAUGCUGAAUCCCCAUCAAUGUGCACUCCCUUCGCCCGCCCAGGCAUGCGCCAUGGAGGAGAAUAGCAUGGUCGACUUCAAAGCUUUGGAGAAAGAGCUGCAGGCAGCACUUGCUGCUGAUGAGAAGUACAAGCGGGAGAACGCUGCCAAGUUCCGGGCUGUGGCACAGAGGGUGCCGUCCUACGAAGACUUCAGGGGUAUCGUGCUCGCGUCACAUCUGAAGCCACUGGAGCGGAAGGACAAGAUGAGUGGAAAGAGAACUGCGCCCUGGAACUGUCACGCUACUCGGAGGAAGACCUUCCAGGAGGACGUGGCCGUGGAAGUCUCCGAGGAGGAGACGCCCUUCCAGCCUGGGACCUCAGCAGAGUUCUACCGCGACUGGCGGCGACGCUUGCGGAGUGGACCAGAGCGCUACCAGGCUCUGCUGCGGCUCGGGGGUCCCACGCUCGGCCGCCUCUUCCAGACAGACGUGGGGUUUGGACUCCUCGGGGAGCUGCUGGCGACCCUGGCCAAUCACAUGAGGCCAGCCGACCGGGCAGCGGUGCUGGGCAUCCUUCGAGGCCUGGCGGGCACUGGGCGCUUCUCCCUGAACCUGAGCCUGCUGAGCCCCUCGGAGCUUGAGUGCUGCCGGGCCCUGUUCGAGAAGCUGCAGGCCAUGGGUGCCCCUGGGGCCGGGGCUGGGCAGGAGGCGCUCAGUGGGGAGCAGCGGGGUGCAGAGCAGGAGCAGGACCUGCUGCAGGAGCUGCGGGAGCUGUACCAGCUCCGCUGAGGCGGGGGCCCAGGCGUCAGCGCAGCGUCUUUGGUGUGGCUUGGGUUUCUGCCCACUUCCCUCCUCAACUCAGAAUCUUCAGAGCAAAAGCUGGAAUUGAGUCUUGCCACCUCUUA